AUGAGGACUCCGUUCCCUCUCUUAUGCCUACCAAGACUUGCACUGAUUCCUGUUUUUCAACAAAUGGAACUUAUUGAUGUGAUCGCGUUUUCCUUUCUCUCCAAAAGAACUCACAAUCUCUCAAAAUACCUUCGCAAAAACACAUCUUUCCGCUGCAAUCUAGAAAUAGAGACUGACUGUGUUUGUAUGAAGAUUGCUCUGACAUAUGGGUCAAUCCUAUCACUGUAUUUCUACACAGACGACUCGACGAUGAUAAAAGUGAUGUUUCCGUACAAAAAAUUUCAAUGGAAAAAUAUCGGAUUAUCUAUAGAACAAUGGGUUGAGCGAGUGCUUGAUGUGACAAAAUGUCCAUCUCUCAGAAAACUGAAGCUCGACGCGGUACCGAAAUUCGAUGUGUUCUCAGUUUUUGAUGUAAUUCCAAAGGUCACUGAACUUGGAAUAUGGUCCAACUGCUGCCGCGCUUUAGCUAAAAAAGCACUGCAAGUUCUAUCGCCGGUCACUUCAUCGAUCAAUAUGCAUAAAGUUCCCUUUUUGAAUCGAGAAGAAUUCCAGACAUUUUGGAUGGGGAAUGUGGAAUGUUUGAGUAUCUACAAAAAUAAUCUUUCGAGAUUUCAAUUCAACAUUGAUGAUCUUCUGGCAUCGAACGCAGUCAAAAUUAAAUUGUGGGAAGUCUCAAUGAGUCUGAGAGACCUGAACCGUUUCUUUUCUUGCUGGUUGAACAAAACAUCUAAUACACGGUUGGAGAAUUUGUCAGUGAGAUCACUUGGGGAUUUCGAUGAAGAAAUUAUUCUAAAAGGAUUGAAUGCUACUCGUUUAACACAAAAUCGGACUAGAGAACUCAUUUCGACCAACACGUUCUCUCAAUUCAGAGUAUUCACCGGAGGGUUUGAUGUGAGAAGAAAAGAUGGAAAGUUGGCAACUAUUACAGUCGCAAAGACUUUUGGGAGAACAUAUAUCAAUUUUCAUGUUUUGCCAUGA